CCCCUCCUUACGCCGUUUCUCCUUCCCUUUUCCCUCGCAGCCCUUUCCUGAGGGGGGCCCGGCCGUAAAGCGAGGCGCCGGCGCGAAGUGUCGCGCUCUUCCUUCGUCCGCCCUCGCGCGAGAGCGGCGGCGGCCUGGCCUGACGGGAAACCUGCCCUCGCUUUACGGCCGCUGGAUGAGGAGGAGCGGAGGAGGGGAGCGGGAGGCGCCGCGGCUGCUGCUGCUGAGGGGAUUUUGGGGUGAGGCGGAGACGGGGCGGCGGGGAAGGGGCGGCCGGGGGGGCGCAUGUGGGCGAGGGGAGCGUCUUGGGCGGGGGUCGCCUCUCUUUCUCACGCUUCUCCCCCUUCCCCUUGCCGGUCUCUUCCCGCCUCAGGACAUGGCCGAGGUUCCGCCCGGGCCUAGCAGCCUCCUCGCUUCGCCGCCGGGAGACGCCGCCUCGCUCCUCCUGCCCUUUCCGGGAGCCGCCGAGGAAGAGGAGGAGGAGGAGGAAGAAGAAGAAGAGGAAGGCGGAGGAAGAAGGCCUCGCGAGGAAGAAGAGGAGGAGGAGGAGGAGGCCGGGGAUGAAGGCGCCCGGGACCGCCGCCGGCCUUGCCCGCCGCACCGGCGCAACCACCAGCUCAACGGGCUCAUCUCCGGGCCGGACCUGCGGCACUUGCGCGGCCCCCUCAAGGGCAAGGCCCUGAGCGGCGGCGGCGGCGGAGAGAAGCAGCGCCCGCCGGGCAGCAAGAGAGGCGGCAGCGGCGGCAGGAGCAGCCCCGGCUCCGCUGGCAAGACAAUGGGACACGGGCAGCAGCAGCAGGAAGAGGGUCCGGAGCUGCCCCCCCAGCAGCAGCCUCCCUCCUCGCUCAGCAACCACCACCCCCACCACCCCCACCGGGUCCCCCGCUCCCAAGCAAGGACUGCGCAGCCCCCGGAGCAGCAGAAGCGCCGCCACGACGCUGCUUCUGCCCCCUCGGAAGGGGACAGGAAUGGGCUGGCUGGAGCGGGAGGGGUGGAGGAGGAGGAGGAGGAAGAGGAAGGAGGAGGAGGCCACCAGGAGGAGGAGGAGGAGUCCCUGCUGCUCCUGUCCAGGUCCUUGGCCUCCAACUGCAGCUUGCAGAAAUGCUCCCCGGGGCCCCCCACCACGGACUCUUCCUGGGGCCCCCAGCAGGUGGAGGAGGAGGAAGGGGACCUGACGAUACGAUACGUCCGCUAUGAGUCCGAGCUGCAGAUGCCCGAUAUCAUGAGACUGAUCACCAAAGAUCUGUCUGAACCCUACUCCAUUUACACAUAUAGGUAUUUUAUCCACAACUGGCCUCAGCUUUGCUUUUUGGUAAGUUGGGGGAGGGGGCGAAGAAGGAGGCAUGGUGAAGGAAGUUUGCAUUGAGGGGUGUAGAGGAAGGGUGGCCAGUGCAGGGUUGGGGAGGCGGUGGUCGAAGGGGAAGCUAGCCCACAUUUGGUCACUUUGUGGUUGAAAUAAAUGAUACCGGCUUGGUGACCUCUGUGGCUCAGCUGAUUUGGCAUAGGAAUGUGUAAGUCUUUGGUUUAUGGAGAUUUCUCUGUAACUUCAAAUUUGGGGUGUGCGUGUACAAGUAAGACCCUCAACCUUCUGUGUGCAUUAGUUGUCAUUGACAUUACUUUCCCAUUUGAUUUCUUUUUAGCAUUCCCUCUCUCAACUUCAGCCCAGUAAAAAUGAGAAAUAGCCAUAUUAAUGGUAUCAAUUGACAGCAGGCAGCUUUCAUAUCUGUAGAGAAGUUUUUAGAAACAUUUUAGCCUGGAUAUUGUCUAGUCCCAUCUUCCUUCAGACUAGCAUUGAUUUAAGCCCACAUUACUUCUGAAAAGCAAUUCAACACCUUUUAAAAGCCUCUAAAAUGGAUAUUCUGUGUCAUUACAUAGUAAUACAUUUCCACUUGGAACUGUGGAACUGUGCUGUGCUGAAAAUCUCUUUUGCAUUGUAUUCAGUUCUUAUUCUCCCUAAUGAAAUUGGAACACAGCUGUCAUACAUUGAAAAUUGUGUUUCUCCUUAGUCUCUACCAAAUGAUGCUAUUUUUUAUUAUUCAUUUGGCUGCCUCACCUUCUUUUUGAUAUUAUUCUGUGAUGGUAGAGUACUGAGGCCUGUAGAGAUUUCAGAAUGCUGAAAGAAGUGAUCACAGAGCUAGAAACUUGAUGGUUUCUCCUUUUUUCUGUGGCAUGCCAAUUUUAAAUAGAAAGUUGACUUUUUCGUAUCAUCAAAAGUCUCAUAAAAAUGCAUGUCUGAAGUAUACAUUUUAGUUACUGAAACAGCAGCUGGUCCACCCAUAUAGAUUAGGGACUGUGUGUGGAAGCUUUGGGGAAUUUUCUAUUGAAGGGUAACUGUUGCUUGUGAUAUGUUAGAGAGCACCUAAUCAAGUGCUCCUACUGCAUUAUAUAUGUUAAAGAACUUGUCAAUGCUAAAGGGAAAUAUUAGUGUCCCACCAUAUAGCGAAAUAACAAUCAGACUGGACUGCAGACUUAUAUGGUCAGAGCUCAGGCUUGUCAGCCCCUCUUAUGUUUAUUUUUAUGGAUGCACAUGCAGAAGUAGUAAAUAAUUUCAGGGUCAAAGCUGUGCUGUUACCGGACGAUGAGAGUAGAGGUAAACGACAUUCAAGGGAAAGGCAAAUAUUAUGUCUCUAAAGACAAUUAUAAGUGGACAUAAAAUAGACUUUGUGAACUGUUUCUGGUUUUUAGAUAUUGUUUGUACAGGUAUUUUGUUGAGCCUUUUAAUAUAAUCCUUGGAAUUUAUUUCAUGAGGAGUGUAAUAAGAUAUCUCCUUAUUUUUUACAAGGAAAUGCCACCUAUAGAAUUUUCUAUCAGUUGAUUUUAAAACGUUUAUGAACUGCUAGUUAGACAGCUUUUUAAGGGCUUGUGAUGUGGAGAAGAGAACACUCAUGGGCAACCAUCACUUGGCUAGGUAGGGAACAAAAUUGGUUUGCGGGGAAAAUCUUAAGGGGUGGUUCUUCAUACUGGCAGCAUCAGUCCAAAUGCUCAUCACACUUCUUGUUAGGUCUGUGAAUCACACAGGCAUUGUGUAUCGCUGCAGCAGAUUGGUUAUGUGACCUCAGAAGCCACUGGCUGGGCCAGUAACAAAACUGAACACCAUGUGUAUAAUGCUGCUGACAUGCUGCAUUUGGUAAAGGGACUGAGGGUGUUCGCAAGCACCUGCUUUUAAGAAAAGUGAUUAAGCAUUUCAACUUCAGUCAGCCAAUACCUUUGUUCUACACAGCUUCUGGCACUUGUGAGGCUGGUUUCUAAACACUCAUUUGCAGGGUUGAUGUUCCAGAAAGCUGAACAAGAGCACCCAACAAAACUGAAUUUUGGAAGGCCUUCUAGCAAGCAAACAUUGCAUUUAUGGGUUUCAGCGGUUUAUCGGUGCUAAUAGAUCUGUGGACGUUCUAAUUAUCAAAUACGAAAUGUUCUUCCUGAAGCUUUAUGGCUUCUCUUCUCUGAACAUAUUAAAACUAAUAAUGCUGCAAGAUGCUUAGUCCUCCCGGAUUGAUUAGCCUCUAACAAAAUUAAUCUGUUUGUAGUCUGUGCUUGAUACUUUCAACAUCCCUGAAGUCAGGUUUGAUUUUUAUUAUUUUUUUAAGCGGUAGUGUUGGAGUGAAGCACUAAGCUUCCUCUAGUAAUGGGACUUUCCUUGCUUAAAGUUGUAAUGCUGGUGAUACGCCAUAGUCUCUCCCUGCUUGUGUGUUUAGAAGUCUGGUGAGCUUGGACCCUUGUGAAUGUUGAACAUGAAUGGUAACAGAACAUAAAACGAGAAAUUUAAAGGUGACCUCAUAAGGGCCAAAUUUUUACUAGGCCAAGUUUCUAAAUGGUGCUACUUGAUGGUAAACUUCUGGUUUGGUUGCAGUUUGUGUUUUAUAGAUUAUUUCCAGUGGCCUAGUCUAAACCUAGCAUUCAGUAAUGCUUGCUCCCUUCUACCUGUCAUAGAAACAUACAUAGGAAACUGCUGUAUACUGAAUCGGGCUGUUGGUCCGUCUAAUUCAGUAUUGUCUGUACUGACCAGUAGUGGCUCUAGGGUUUCAGACUGGGGUUUCUCCCACCCUGCCUGGAGAUGUCGUGAAUUGAAGCUGUGACUUUCUAGAUCCCCUAUCACUGAGCUGCAGCCCUGUCCUCUCAAAGAUUCUCUCUUCUUUCCAUGAUUUGCUUGAUUCAGAUGCAAACAAUGAUAAAUGCUAACUAGCGCUACCUCAAAACCAACCAUGGAAGAAAGGAAGUAUAUGCACACAUUUGAGAGUAGGAAAGGCAGAAAGAGAAUGGAAACCUGUCACAUGUUGCUGAUCUCUAAACUAUGGUUUGUAGAUUGAACUAGUGUGGUGACUGAAUGAGGCCCAUGAAUAAAAGCUGGAGAAGUAAAUUCUAAGCAGCUUUGGUUAAAUUCUGAGCUCCAAGUGAAACGCCGUUCAUUUAGCUGUGUUGCUGGAACUAGAGACAGAAAGUUAUUGUUUCCAGAUAAUAAAGUGACAACAGGAAUUCAGGUAUUGCUCAUUGGCUUCAAAGAUGAAAGACGUUAGCUUACAGCUGCUUAUCUCUAGAAUUUUUUGUCUUCACUAUUGCAAGGCCAUCAGUAAGAAGUGAUUUGCAGCUGAAGUUUAAGGCAGGGCUCUUUGUGCCCACUUCUUAAAAUACUACCAAAGUUUUCUGCAGGUCUUGUUAUCUUCAUGUCUGUGACCCUAGCUUCACUUCGAAGUGGAUUCUAACUUGCAUACUUUCUUCAUGCUUCUAACAAUAAUUGGCUGGGUGCCCUUUUAAGACAUUAGGAACUAAGUGAGACCUGCUUUUAUUCAUGACUUGAGUGAAAUCUUAAGAGAAAGCUGCUUGAAAUGUCAUCUUCUGUAUGUCAUAACAUAGCCUGGGUGCUUCUGCUGCUGCUGCACAAUGAAAUCUACUCUUGCCUGCCUACCUACCAAAUCUAAGACUCCAUGUAACCUCUAAGGACAGAAUGUAAGAGAACAGCUGUGCCAGCGUGAGGGCACAAAAUGCUUAUGUUGUAUGCCAGCGUAAGCAUUUCUAAGUUCAAGCAGCUGGCUCUGUUCAUCCUGCUAUGCAAACGCUGUUCCCUGGCAAGAGGCGAGUAAGCCUAUUGUAUACUGUGUGUGUGUGUGCGCCCUUGAACUCACUACAUGAAUGCACACUUGUUCCAAGAGGUUUGUUAGGAAGAAAAACCGUGCCCCCAUUGAUCACAAUGGGAGAGUUAAGUACCUGCUUAAAUCCCUCCUGUUGAACUUGAUCAGAAUUCAGGGUGCUUAACUGUAAUUGGUUUGUGCUGCUAGCCUAUAAUGAUGCCUGAUUCCAAGUGGUUUGGCCUGUAAUGCAUUAUUACCCUUGGUGUCUCUUUAACAAAAGAAGAUAUAGCAUGAACAGUCACGUAAUACAUUCGAGCUUCUUUGCGCAAAAAUUGGUGUUCUUUUAGCAUAUUCAGUGACACUUCUCAGGAUCUGGCAAGAGGCGAGUAAGCCUAUUGUAUACUGUGCAAGGUUUCAGCCUAAGGCAAGAAUUUAGCAUAGGUUGGGGAUUUCCCCCUCCCCUGUGUUUGAGAACUUGAGAAGGUAGUUGAACUCCUCUGCAACUCACUGUUGUUGCUUAAUUUUUUAUAUCUUAAAAAACGUAUGGGGCCCCUCUAUGCCAGAUUUUAUGAAGAAAACAUUUUGAUGUGAUGGAUUGAAUUUUAAAUCCAGUAACUUUUGCUUCUGAGUCAGAGUGCUUGGGUUGGUCUCUGCAUUGUCCUGCUGCACAGGUUUUGUGGGUAGAGACUUGGAUCUGAGAGGAGAGAGGUGCAGAUUUAGCAAGGAAUCUCCCCUUAAAGUAUUCCUUGGUGGUAAAUUUUACACAUUCAGUAUAUUUUAUCACAUAGGUUUAUGAAUCUUUUCAAAUGAAUUGAUUUUGCAGCUUCUUUUCCUCACUCAAUAUUUUAUGUGUGCAGGUGUGUCAUAAGUGGAUUAGGAAAUGUACAAUUAACUUCCAUGAGUGCUUAAGUUAUCAGUAAUUAGUAUUUUGUUGAAAGGAUAAGAAUUCUGAAACAAAUUUAGUUAUGGCAAGUGAUCUACGUAUAUAUCGAAAACCUUUGUGUAUAUUUGUGUGAAAGAGGUGGUUUGGGGAGUGUAGAUUUUUCUUUCCCUUCUUCACAGUCCUUCUUUGCAGUCCUCAAACCAGUUAUUCCAGAAUAGCUUCUGGAGUUCUCUGACUGCAGCUUUGUUUGUGACUCUCCAGUUUAGUUCAUGGUUAGAGGACAGUGGCUGUAUAUCAUUAGAACAGCUUGCUAACUUAAAUAAUGCUUAGAUUGUGUAUUCCCUUCUCAGGAUUUCAAAAUUAUUUUCCUCAGGCGAGUAAUAGGGGGUCCAUUCUUACCCCGAAACAUUCGCAUCCAGAGGCGCUGUUUCUGCGCAUGCUCGUGGGGCGAAAGCCUGCUUCUGCACAUGCUCAUGCAGUGGAAACCUUUCCAUUACUUAUGGGUUUGCCACGUGCAUAACCCGAAGGAUACGUGUCCAGAGGUGUUUGCAACUAGAGGUACCACUGUACUGGUAUCGAUGCAUUCUUUGAAUUGCAUGAGGCCUUCCUUUACAUAAUCUUUUAGGAGUUCUGUGUAGAAUAGGGGCUAGGCUGAAAUCAGUAGUGUGCAUCCUAAAUGACAAGCAGAAACAAGCUUGCACAAGGGGACUUUCCUGUCUCUUCUGCAUCCACCCAAAAGCCCCUGAGGAGAGGCCAGGCAGGAGGGUGUUCCUAAAAGGCAUGGGGGGGACAUGCUUUUGAGCAGAGAUGCCUUCUGCAGAUGAAGCUCGCAGACAGUCCCUCUGCCCAGUUGGGGGCAACUCCCCCAGCAGCUCUCCUUGCCCUGUCUUCCACAGUGGAGAGGGUCCUCCACCCCUCAGAGAGAGAGAGACUUCUCAGGAUGGUGGGGCUUUGAGGGAACAGGAAAGUGAGCUUUCUUAAAUUUGUGCUACUUAGAAUCCAAGCCAGUCAAUGUAAUAAUUUGAGAAAUCAUCCUCGAAAUUUGCCAUACUACAAAAUGUGUAGUGUAUGCUUUAGUUACUGGGAGAUGCAUCUGCCUUUAUUUGUAAAGCAAAUAACUUCCAGAAAGCAAUCUUGCUGUAAAUGUACCUAUAGAAUGGUGAGUUUUCUGGCACUGCAUAUUGCCCUCUUAAUCUACAAAAAUGUUCUUGGGUUGUUGUUUUUUUCAAGGCAAUGGUAGGAGACGAGUGUGUAGGUGCCAUCGUCUGCAAGUUGGAUAUGCACAAAAAGAUGUUUCGCAGAGGUUAUAUAGCCAUGUUAGCAGUGGAUUCCAAAUACAGAAGAAAAGGCAUAGGUAAGAAUAGCAUUUGUGUCCUUUUUUAAAUAAAUAAAAAUAUAUCUAAAAGUUGCUGAUAAGUUGCUGCUUUGGGAUGAAAUCUUGAUUACACCCUUCUUGUGUUACAAGUUAUUUUUGAACGUUAUUGUUUUUAGGUGAGAAAACUUGCAGUUCUCCAGCCCAUCUCUACAGUCUUUGAAGUCCAUAAUAGACUCCUGAUAAUAAUCUGUUUUUCUUGUUCAUUAACAAUUCCAUAUGACUGUAGUUUGUUUUUAAAUAAUCAUAACGUACACAAAAGAUGGAGAAACUGGGCAUGACCGGAAAACAUAAGAUGCACCAGACAUGCACCAGUCUGGGUGUCAGUCUGAGUUCUCAGAUACCCAGUUUAGAGUUCCAUCAUGGGGAGAAAAGAGAGUUGAUUUUUUUUAUUUAGAGUAGCUGCACCGUUGUGUUGUGGAAUACUUACAGCUGUGUGGUGCAUCCCAUGUUCAUAAAAAUAAUAUGCAAGCCAUGUUAUGAAAAUCAUGUCUUAAGGACAUACACUUAAUCAUGCAAAUCACCGGAAGCCCUCCAGUAUAUGUGUGUCUGUGUUGAGGGAACAGCAAACAAAAAUUAAAUAAAAAGCUGAAACCGGGCCUCUGUGAGUUCACCAGCUUGCCCACCACCAGGUGAUAACUUCACCUUCUCAGCAAGUUUCCUGUGUUUGUUAAAUUGAGCCAUCAUGAAUUCAUUGAAGUGUGUCAUGGCUGCAUUUUGAAGGAAAUUGCCAGUGUUGGGCACUACGGGGCCUCGUGGCUGCUACACGAUAAAACCCCUAAUCUAUCUACCUACAUUUGCUGUGAACAGAUGGCAUCCCUCAGGUGGCCAGAUGUAGCCUGACAACUACCAGUUGCCAGCCGUUUUAUGUAUGCCUUAAAUGAACCAAAAGCCAGGGGAGAACCACUUUCCCCCCCUUAAUGCAAAUGUAGGUGCCAUGAAUGAAUGGUAAAUUGGAUAUGAAGCAGAAACUACUCUCCCACUCCCAUCUUAGAAGGAAUUUGUCGGGCAUUCCUCCCCAAAUACACUUCGGCUUUAGGCUUGGUUACAGAAAUUGGCGGUUUCCAAUUUAAUCCCAGCCACCUUGUUCAGACCAGGGUUCCACAAGGAGAUGGGACUAGCUCCCACACUUGUCCUCUGCCUUGGCCCUCUGAGCUCUGAAGGCUUGCUUUGCAGGGAACUGAGAGAGGAAAGCUUGCCUUGGCAGUUGGGAGUAAGUGAAUUCACGGGCCAUUGCUUCAGAUCGCUGGUACAGCACACUGUUGACUGGCAGGGAUCUAAAGAAUCCCUUGUGCAGACACACCAGGGUGCUUUGGUUUUCUCUGUCCACAGCAGCAACUUAUUGGACACAGCUUGGUUCCCUGCUUAUUCACUGAUAUAGAAAUUCAUUUAUUAUCUUUCCCCCAGUGUUCAUUCUAGUUGUAUUCUAUUGAAGAUUGGCAUGCCUCUUUUAUGUGCAGUGCAUGCUCUUCGAGGGGGUUGCCUUGCCUUGUAAGACAUCUUCAGAUGGUAGACUUCCUCGGUUAAAACACGUCUAGACGGAAAUCUGAACUUCACUAACGGAACAAAUACAAAACUUGGGGGAGGGGAGGGUCCAAAGCAUGACACUUUGUGAGAAGCAAAACUCUGACAACGCAGGCAAUUGAAGGUUGUUGUUUUUUAAUGCCAAGGCAUUAAAGACACUGGCUGUCUUUAAUGCACAACCCAUAAUGCCUCACACUUUUAGCACAACCCAUAAUGCCUCACACUUUUAGCCCCCUACCCUGUACCCCAGAAUCUUCCCUGGCCAUACAGUUCAUUAUACCAUUGCAGGCUAGGUGGCCCUGGCUGUUGUAACACCUUCGUUAUUUUAAAUCUGAUUUAUUGUUUGGUGAUUGUUUUCCUGAAAGCUGCUUUGUGCUUCUGCUUCAGUAAAAACAAAAUAAAAAAGACCUCAAUAAGGCCAGUUCUUCAGUUUGAAUUAGGAGACAGGAAAUGCCCAGCCCAAUUUGAUGCAGAGGGCUAAGAGGCCUUUUUAUUUUGAAUUAGAGAAGGUAUUUUAUCUUGGUUGUACAGAAUAGCCAUAGUAAUCAUUAAUUAUGUACAUUUGCUUUUAUGCCAUAGCCUGAACUCUAGGAGCUAAUUGGUGCUGAAAUAAUUUGUGCCAGUGGUUUAAAUCUGUUGCUUUUAAUCUCUAUUCCAGGUACAAACUUGGUUAAGAAAGCUAUUUAUGCCAUGGUAGAAGGAGAUUGCGAUGAGGUGAGUCUUUUCUUCAUUUGAAGGAAGUAUGUUUUCAUUCCUCGCUUCGCUAGAAGGCCAUCAUUUCAAAUGCCAUUUGCUAUGUAAGCAACUCUUCUGUUAGAGCAGAAUAUAGAACACAUUCAGAAAGAUACAUUAUUCUGAGAGCUUUCUGUGACUCCAGGAAAUGAGUUGGUAUCUGUUUGACUGUUUUAGACAGGGCAGUGAUGUCUAUAAAGAUUGUUUUUACAAACAUCCAAAAACAGUUGGAGAAAGUAACAGUUGUCCAGAGUAAGGGCACCUUAAAAUGGCAUUUCUGGCUUGUGUACUAAAAGUUUAAGAUGUUGUAGACUAUGCAAAACUGUGACAGUUUUUACUCUUAAAAAAACCACCACAUGACUAAUAAGGCUUUAUUACAUGAAAACACAUCUUGGGUAUCAGCAGCUUCAGUAUUCUCUGGGGCUAAUGCGUUCUCUUCACAAUAGUCUGGGCCCAGAAGUGGUUUUCCACCCAAACAUCCCCCUUAGCAGCCACCAGACUUUAUUAUAAAGUUGGUGCCACCUAGCAAGAAGAACCGAUGAAGGGCAUCGCUUGUGCAUAGCUGAUGUGUUGCAUUUAAAAACCUGGCAGUGAAAUUUACCAUGUAAAAGCAUGAAAUCUCUCUCGCACACAUCAUCUGAAAGCAAUUUCCCCCCAUCCUUUUGUUUAUGAGCAAAGCUUUGGGAAUUUUUUGUGGCACACUUUGAUUACAAUAAUGUUGGGCCUUUGCUGGAGGAACUACAUGUGACCCAGAGGGAGACACCCACCCUUAAAAGCGCAAUACAGGAUACCUUUCCUUUUGCUGAUCAGUGGGCUAUCCUUUUGCUGACCUGUUUUGCUAAUCUUCCUGGUUUGGUGCUCUGCCCUGCAGCCUUCCCUGCCUCCUCCCCUUGAUCUGCUUGAACUCUCUUAAAACUGAUUUGUCUUUUACUGCCCAAAUUUAGUCCACUGAACUAGGACCAAACCAGGUUGAUGGGCAAAAAAUCUGAAAUUAUGGCUUGGUUCAGACACCGUACCAAAUCUAUGGUUUAUGCUAACUACUGCUCAGAGCAUUCAAAUGUCCCACCUAUGGUUUAGAGUUUCUUUCCCAUUUCCUCCCUCUUUGCUCAGCACUCCUGUCUCAAGAUUUAGUGGCUUCCAGGCAUACAGCAGCAGCUGUAACUUAUUCAGCUUUGGCAUCACACCAAGCCAUAACUAAUACAAACUAUAGUUUGCAAACUCACAUCGCAUCACAGGCCACAGUUUCUAAUUCCAACUCGCUGCCAAAUUGCAAACCAUGGCUUAUCAAAUGGGACAUUGAGCCAAACAUCCUCAAUCGUCUUAAAACAGUUACUGCUUUUUAGGAGCUCUGAAUAGGAACCUAAUAAAAUCAACCGAUCAGAACUAAUGUUGAAAUCUUGACUUGGAAGCAGCUUGUUUUUGAAAGGGCAAACUGGUAGAAAGGCUUUCAUGAACAACCACAAAAGAGAACCUUGAAGUACUUAGAAUACCAAUAAACAGGAAUUUCAGCAUUAACUCACACCUGCUGAACCAACAGAGUAAACAAUGGAAUGCAUGCUGCUGGUUAUGCUGACUACUUGCAAUGAUAAUUUAUUGCCCUGCCUUGAAAACAAAGGUGUUGCAUAUGACAGCUAAAGAUUCAUUUGCUUCAUAAAUGCACAAAAUUCAUUUUUGAAAAGAACACCGUGGAAGUUAAUAAAUAUCUCCCCUUACCUGUAAAAGGCCAGGAAAAUAAUGAUAGCUAUCAAAGACUGAGGUGUUUAUUUCAUUUUAACAUAACAGCCCACUCAGGCAGAAAAAUAGCAAAAUUUCAUUGUGGAAAUGACCAUUGCUUGAGCCAAAAAAGGAAAAGAAAUACAGAGGAAUUCUAAUUAAAAUGAAAACCAAUGAGAUACAUCUUCAGCAGGGGUCAGCAAACUUUUUCAGCAGGAGGCCGUUCCACUGUCCCUCAGACCAUGUGGGGGGCCAGACUAUAUUUUUUGGGGGGAGGGGAAAUGAACAAAUUCCUAAGCCCCACAAAUAACCCAGAGAUGCAUUUUAAAUAAAAGGACACAUUCUGCUCAUGUAAAACCACUCUGAUUCCCGGACCGUCCGCGAGCUGGAUUGAGAAGGCGAUUGGGCCGGAUUCGGCCCCCGGGCCUUAGUUUGCCUACCCAUGAUCUUCAGCUUUAAAAUGAUAGCCUUGCUACGUGUUACUGAGGGGGUCAAUUUUGUCCUAGUUGUUGCCCCAUUUCUCUUUUCUUCUCUGAAGCCAAACCCCCUGCAAUGCAGAAAUCUCAACUAAAUCACAUAUUAUAUAUGGCCAUCCAACCUCUGCUUAAAAAUCUCCAAGGAAGGAGAGUCCACCACAUCUUGUGGAAAUCUGUUCCACUAUUAAACAGCACUUACUGCCAGAAAGUUCUUCCUGAUGUUUAGUCGGAAUCUCCUCUUGAAUCCAUGGGUUCAGUUCCUGCCAUCCAGAACAAGAGAAAACAAGCUUGUUCCCUCUUCCAUGUGUCAGCCUUUUACAUAUUUGAAGAUGGCUAUCCUGUCUUCUCUUACCCAAGCUAAACACACCCAGCUCCCUCCGCCGUUCCUCAUAAGGCUUGGUUUCCAGACCCUUGUUCAUCUUAGUUGCUGUCUUCUGCACACAUCCCAGCUUGGCAACAUCCUUAUUAAUUAGUCUGCAGCAUCCUUUCCCAAACCUGGAACCCUAGAUAUAUUUUAAACUGCAUUUCUCUGCAGCUCUUUUGAAUUGAACUAUUCCUUGAAGAGCUUGAAGUUCCCGAACAAUUGGAUUAUUCGGAUUUAUAAAUUCCAGUUUGCAUUUAUAGUAGAUUUUCUCUCUCCUGAUACAGUAAAUUAGAAGGCUGAAACGGGAGCAUUCAGUAUCAAUCCCCUUUGUUUCAGGUCUAUUGACCGUAAUAAACGGAUUAUGAUGAUGCGUCCUCUUACCUUGCCAUAUAUUUAAUUCUGAUGCGUUUGGAUCUGAGCCAUUCAUGUGUGUACAUUUCUUGCUACUCAGCAGCUUUAGUCUGAACUAAACAAUGUGUGCUGAAAAGUGUUGUAUUUUGAUGUUGCAAGUAAUAAAAGUUCUCUGCGGUGAUGGAUCUAUUACUAUUUCAUGCAUGCAUACAGUCACUUUACGUAGCAGUUACUGAAUAAUUCCCCCCCAAAACAUAUACAUACAUAUACAUAUAUAUAUAUAUAUAUAUAUAUACACACACGCGCGCGCACACACACACACACACACACACACCGUAUUUUUUGCUCUAUAAGACUCACUUUUUCCCUCCUAAAAAAUAAGGGGAAAUGUGUGUGCGUCUUAUGGCGUGAAUGCAGGCUGCGCAGCUAUCCCAGAAGCCAGAACAUCAAGAGGGAUUACUGCUUUCACUGCGCAGCGAUCCCUCUUGCUGUUCUGGCUUCUGAGAUUCAGAGUAUUUUUUUUUCUUGUUUUCCUCCUCCAAAAACUAGGUGCAUCUUGUGGUCUGGUGCGUCUUAUAGAGCGAAAAAGACGGUAUACUGAGUUUCAACAUUUAACACAUACAUUCAAAACACAAUUUCGUCUUUUCUCAUUUUGGUUGACUUGCCACUCCUUUUUCCACAGAGGAGUUGUUCUCCCCUUCUGCACCCUAUCUUCUCACUAUCAAAUCGUAACCAUAAUAUAAUAAUCUAAUGCAGUUACAGAGUAAUUAAUACACAUUUGUGGGCAAUGCACUGUUGGACGAUCACAGUGGUGUGGCAGAGCCCAGGCUUCUGUGGCCUUUUGAAUGUCUGAGCACAGCCAGUGUCUUAAAAUAGCACUGGUGGAAGUGAAUGCUGCCUGUGUAGUUAGAAAAGCAAAUGCUUCUAGAGAUAAUGUUAGCGGAGUUUGUUUGGUUUAUGGCUCAUUCCAUCCUUAGAGUUCAGGGUGGACAUAGUGUUGUUAAUCACAAAAUCUGUUGCAACUUGAAACUUCAGCUCCCUCACUCCUGGCCACCCCAACUCAACGUAUAUAAAUUGGCUUUAUGGAUAUUUUGGGAGGCAACUGUGAUCUGUGGUUUUCCGCUCAUGACGGUGCUGAUGGACGUGAAGCAGCUUCAUUUGUGGAUAUGCUUAACACUGCAAUAGGUAGUGAUGGCUGGAUACAUUUGGUGGAAGAGGAGGCAUUGAAUUAGGGUAUUGGGGAAAUAGGAAACUUCCUAAGUGGGGCAGUGAAGCAGUAGGGCUGUGGACUACCCAUGUGGCAGCGGAUAGCAAGAAGGGGCAGAGGUGCAUACAAGAAGCAGUAGGCUCUUGUUGAUCCUGAUUAUCAUCAUUAUGUGCAUGCUUCAUAGGCAAGAGUCUGCAAAUGCAGCUGUCAGAGGAAACCAUAAAACUUUAAUCAGCCAAACCACCUGCCCCUGUACAAAGUGGCCUAGAGGACCGUCUCUGAAUUGCACUAGGCUUCAGAGUCUCCAGAAAAGAGUAAAACGACUCCCAGCUUCAGACUGCCUCUGAAGAUCGGUCUCCACUUCGGAGUCUCUCAGGAUGCUGAAGGGUUUCAGGGAGGGACAGGAGGUAACCAGGAAUAACAGCGUCUCCACCCCCCAUAGUUCUGCCCGGACGCUGAGGUCCAGCGCCAAGGGCCUUCUGGCAGUUCCCUCACUGUGAGGAGCAAAGCUACAGGAAACCAGGCAGAGGACCUUCUCAGUGGUGGCGCCCGCCCUGUGGAACGCCCUCCCAUCAGAUGUCAAAGAAAUAAACAACUACCUGAUAUUUAGAAAACAUCUGAAGGCAGCCCUGUUUAGGGAAGUUUUUAAUGUGUGACAUUUUGAUGUAUCUUUGUUGGAAGCCACCCAGAGUGGCUGGAGAGACCCAGCCAGAUGAGCAGGGUACAAAUAAAUUAUUAUUAUUAUUAUUAUUAUUAUUAUUAUUAUUAUUAUUAUUACAGCUGCCUCUAAGACCUGGUAAAGGUGAGCAGUAGUAUAGAACUGGGAUGGCCACUUGACUGUUGGCAGGCUAAAUCAGGGCUCUAGUGUCUCUUAACAAACUUCAAUCAAGAUGUGGUGUAACUUUAGCUUUCUGUUCCUCUUAUAAGAAAAAACAUGUCUCAAGUGUAUUGUACUUUUUAAAGUAAUGAUAUGACAAAUGUCAUACAUAAAACAAAUGUUUGUACUACAUAGAGAGAGACUUACCUACUUACAAACACAGUGUGUGCACAGAAAGUUAAAGCGUAUUGCUGCCUUCUGUACUUUCACUGUGAGGGCUACAGCCAUUUUCCCUUCUUGAGAGGAUCUUUCAGAGGCAUAUUCAAUCAUCGUUUUCCGUUACCCUCUAUGGUCUUGGGCAGCCCCUCAUCUAGGUAACGCCAGCUUAACUAUAUAAUGUCUGACCAUCUGAGAGAUGGUUAGAUUGUUCUGGCACCAGGCUGCCAUUAGGAGAACAUAGAAUAUGUCCUUCUGCAUUUUAGAGAACCGGUUGUAUGGAUUCACGUACACACAUAAGUUAUUUGUUGCAUAUCUUGGCUCUAUGAAAUGCCUUGGUCCUCCUUUGUAAAUGCAUUUGUUGUUUUUUCCAAAAAAAAACCCAAACCUGCAUGUUGGACAGGCGAUUUAAACAUGCACAUUUGAAUCAGCAAAUUGAUUCCUUGGCCAGUUCUGGGGGUUUCUAUAGUGAUAUUCUACGGGACUACAGAUGAUAUGAAGCUGAAAUACAAGAAUCUGACUGCUGUUAAAUAUAUAUAUAUAUCAAUCUGAUGAACCUCGGAGUUUCGGAAAAAUGCAGUAUCGCUUGAAAAUUUUGUCAUCUUCUUUUGCAGGUUGUCUUGGAGACCGAGAUCACAAACAAGUCCGCGUUGAAACUUUAUGAAAACCUUGGCUUUGUUCGAGACAAGAGGCUGUUCAGAUACUAUUUAAAUGGAGUUGAUGCACUGCGUCUUAAACUGUGGCUGCGUUGAUAGGAGGCCAUCCUUGCGCCCAGGACUCCUCUCCCCAACCAGCUGGGCAGCGGCGUCCUUUGCAUGCAAUGCAAUUUGUGUGAAAUUGCUUUGCAGGUGGACAUAAUAACUUCCAUGCAGCUCUUCUCUGUGAGUGUCUCAUCGAACGUCGCACCUAAAUCGUUGCACUGUGUGGCAUGGCACGUCUUGUUCUGAAUUUGCAACAGGUUGUUUCAGACUUCAGAUCCUCUUGGUAACCAGGAAGAUGUGCCAGUAGGUAGCCAAGAUCCCUGUUCAUUUGCAAGUCUACUGACUCCUGAUAUAUAAGAUGGUGAACAUUUUAUCCAAGAACCUGUGUAAUGUGGAACACAACUCUCUUUUUUUUCCCGGUUCCAGAGAGAGAGAAAGAGAUAAGCCAAUGUAGAUUGUAAAAAGAAAAUUAAAAAAAAAUACUAUAAGUAUACUAACAUUUCAUACAAAACUCACCAUAGGUUUUUUUUUUCUCUGGGGAAAAUAAAAACUGCUUCAACUUUAGGUUUUAUUUUUCAAUAUUGAACUUUUCAUUCUUAAAUAUUGGUACCUCAGUGAUUAGUGGAUGAAAAAAUGUAUUGUAGGGUGGGGUGUGUGUUACAUCGAGUAACGGUGACAAUAAAAUUGCGUCUGCCAGUGCCUGUAUAGAUAGUAUAUUUGUCUCCACCGCUGACUUUUGAGUGCAUGCUUUUCUUUUCUUGAUCCCCCCCCCUUUUUUUUGGUCUUUGCAAGAACAGAUUUUAUUUAAAUUCUGGAUUUGAUAAUAAAUUAUUUCAUUUAUGAUUUGGAAACUUCUCCCAGGUGAGGGCUUAAAAAGCCCGUCUCUUACAGCAAGAAGUGUAAGCUAUUUUUUUUGAGUGGCUGCUAAAAGGGAGUCUGAUGCACUUUUUCCUUUAAAGAGAGUGAGGGAUCUUUUUUUAUAUAUAAAAAAACAAAACCACAAAGCAGUAAAUUAAUGUAGAUUGGAUCAAUUUUUGUUUAAUCAAAAUUAUCACUAGAAUAGCGAAAGAGGCAUUAUUUUAAAGCAGUUGGAAGAACGUAAUUUUGAUUUGGAUUCACAUUGCUUUGCUUCCGUGUUCUUAAAAAUGUUUCAGUUCUCAGUUCUUGGUCUUGGAAAUAAAUUUCAAGUUGCACCGUACCCAUCUUUAAGCUGCAUUCGCUUUCUCUCCUUUUUUCUUUUUUCUUUUAACGAAAGCCAAAACUCUUCCAGUUUUAAUUUUCUUCGGAUUAAUUUGGCAGAGAGGUGUUCAAAGGUUUGAUACAAACCCCGACCCCCUUUUCAGAAUGGGCUACAUCGGCUUGUUAAAACCAGUAUCCUUUUUCAGCAGCGGCACAGUGUGUACUUCUGUCUGUCAGUGCAAUAUGUAAAGCAAAUCAUUUCUUUUUGGCAGUUCGGCAAUGACAGCGUUGGUAUAUAUAUUAUAUACAAUAUAUAUAUAUAAGGGAAACAUUAAAAUAACCCUAGAUGACUCAUGGAAAAAUAAACCGUUUCCUUAUAUCGGAAGGAAAAUCUUCAGAAUUCAACUUUGCCUUACUAUGUUGUUUGUUAAGGAUUCAACCUGUCUUAAACAACAACAGCAGCAGCAAUGGUUUGAGUUAACUGUACAUUUGAGAGUACCUGAUUUCCAGUCACCCUUUGGAGAAGGACAACCCAUUCUGGACAGCUUAGUAAGUUUAAAGGAAGGCCAUCCCUAUUUUGCACAGACUGAGCAUCUUCCCCACUAUGUAUAAGUUGUGAAUUGUAUUUGGGAAAAAUAAAGGAUUUUAAUUUAAAACUGGCA